AUGGGUCUCUUAUCCCUCGGUACACCUCUUCCUUGGAAAGAAGCCAAAGAUUAUGCUGAUCAUGUUCGCCAACACGGUAUUGAGCAGUUCUUGAAUAUUUAUCACAGCCAAAAAGAUAGACAGAAACACUCUUUAUUAUGGGGAGACGAAAUUGAAUACAUAGUAGUAAAAGUCAAUGAUGAAGAGAAAAGCACCAAAUUAUCACUCAGCGCCUUUGAUAUUCUAGACAAACUGAUCAAACCGGAACAAGACUUUUUGGCAGGAAUCACAGACAAAGAACCUAGCGCUUUAUGGCGACCUGAAUAUGGUCGUUAUAUGAUUGAAGGUACACCUGGUAUGCCAUAUGGUGCUACUUUCCGUGAUUUGGUUGGUGUAGAAGCGAAUAUGAAAUUGAGACGCAAAAUGGCUCAUGCUGCAAUGAACCCUGAUGAACGUGCUCUGACACUAGUCAACUAUCCUCGUUUGGGCUGUCCUCAUGAGCUAUACCCAGAUCAUGAGCCCAAUGGUAAAGCAUGUCAAAGUUUAUUUGUUCCUGACGAAAUCAUCAAUCCCCAUGCUCGAUUCCCGACAUUGACUGCCAAUAUUCGUCGCCGUAGAGGAUCUAAGGUUCAGAUCAAUAUGCCUAUUUUUCAUGAUAAGAACACACCCAAACCGUUCAUUGAUCCCACUAUUCCUUGGGAUCGUGAUUUGUUCAAACAUGAUAAAGAAGCUAAAGAGGGUGCUGCUUUACCAGAUCACAUUUACAUGGAUGCAAUGGCAUUUGGUAUGGGCUGCUGUUGUCUGCAAAUCACAUUCCAAGCAUGCAAUAUUGAUGAAGCUAGAAGACUUUAUGACCAAUUGGCACCUGUGGCCCCAUUGAUGAUGGCACUUUCUGCAAACUCACCUAUAUACCGUGGCUAUUUGGCUGAUGUUGAUGCACGAUGGAAUGUUAUUUCUUCAAGUGUAGAUGAUAGAACAUCUGAAGAAAGAGGCUUAAAGCCCUUAGAAAAUUCUCGGUUUGUUAUUAACAAAUCUCGUUAUGAUUCCAUCGAUUCAUAUUUAUCUAAUGAUUCUACUUACAAAGCAAAAUAUGAUGAUAUCGAUUUAGUAUAUGAUGAAGCAAUUUACAAGCGACUAAGAGAAAGGGAUGUUGAUGAUAAGUUAGCCAAACAUGUUGCACACCUCUUCAUCCGUGAUCCACUCGUUGUUUUCAAGGAACUAUUGAACGUAGAUGACAAGGAAAGCUCUGACCAUUUUGAGAACCUCCAAUCUACAAAUUGGCAAACAAUGCGUUUCAAGCCUCCUCCACCAAACUCCACAAUUGGUUGGCGUGUUGAAUUUAGAAGUAUGGAAGUCCAAUUAUCUGAUUUUGAGAAUGCAGCUUAUUCGGUCUUUAUCGUGUUACUUACCCGUGUCAUCAUCAGUUUUGGUCUCAACUUCUAUAUUCCUAUUUCAAAAGUGGAUGCCAACAUGCAAACUGCUCAUAAACGUGAUGCUGUACUAAACGACAAAUUCUUUUUCCGUAAGAAUGUCUUUUCUUCAAAUCAAGAUGCUUACGAGCUUAUGACAAUGAAUGAAAUUGAGAACGGUUUCCCUGGCUUUGUGCCUUUGAUUCAUAGCUAUCUCAACAGUACAAAUGUUGAUAUUGAAACUCGCUGCAAGUUGUCAUCGUACUUGAGUUUAAUCAGUAAAAGAGCAAGUGGUGAGCUUAUGACUGGUGCAGCUUACCUUCGUCAGUUUGUACAAAACCAUCCUAAAUACAAACAAGAUUCUGUCGUAUCAAACGAAAUCACAUAUGAUCUUGUAAAAAGGGCUGAUCAGAUCGCCAAAGGUGGAUAUCAUCCAAUUGAACUACUAGGCAGCUUUACUGCAUAA